GCCUAGUUUGCUUCUUCCUCCCGACCGCCAUCUCCCUCAUAAGCAAGUGCUGAGCAAGCGUCGCUCGCCAGCAAUGAGUCUCUUCCGCAACCACAGCGUCAUCAUCGCCUCCCUCUUCCUCCCCGAGACCGCCGUGCUCGGAGAGGACAUCCCAGAGACGCCAGAGAAGGCCCCGAUCACUGAAGAGGCCGCCGCGGCCCUCACGCCGCAGCCCCUGCGAGGCGGUCCCCUGAAGAGUAUCGUAGAGGAUCUGAAGGACAAGACGCGCCAUGGCACGCCGUCCCUCUCGCCGCGAGAAGAACCAGGGAACCCCUUCGCGGGCUUCAACCGCACUGCGACGACUAACACCCUGCGCGCAGUGUCGAAGGCCGUCGGGGAGCUGCCAGAGGCGCAGCGACCGCCGCUGUCGCGCGGCCCGACAGGCCCGGGCGCGCAAUCAGCGCACAUGAACGCGACACUGAGGCGCCAGCUGUCCGCCGCGACGUCCCCGACGCGCAUGCAGCGCCGCCACUCGCGGUCGCAAUCGCAGGCGCGCCGAUCAGGCGAGCAGAACGGCACCACGAACGUCGAGCCCUGGCACGUCGAGUCCAACCCGCACUGUAAUGGAGGACUCCGCAACGCGAUCGAGUCCGUCGGGACGCGCCUCAAGCGCAAGGUCUGGGUCGGCACGCUCGGUAUGCAGACAGACUCUUGCUCCCCGAAACUUCGUCGCGAUAUCGACCGGCGGAUGGCUAAGGACCACCAAAGCUUGCCCGUCUGGAUUCCGGACGACGAGUUUGAGAAGUGCUACGACGAGUUCUGCCACCAGGUCUUAUGGCCGUGCCUGCACUAUGUCAUCCCCGAUGCCCCAAAGACCACCCAAUUCUUCCAGUCGUCCGCCUUCAAGCAGUACGUCGCCGUAAACAAGCGCUUCGCCGACGUCAUCGCCGACAACUGGAAAGAGGGCGAUGUCAUCUUCGUGAACGACUACCACCUCAUGAUGCUACCCCUUCUGCUCCGACAGCACCCCAAGCUCCCGCACAACGUCCCCAUCGGCUUCUUCAUGCACGUCGCCUUCCCCUCCAGCGAGAUCUUCAAGGUGCUCCCCAUGCGCCACGAAUUGCUCAAGGGUGUCCUUGGCGCGGACCUCGUCGGCUUCCAAACCGCCAACUUCGCGCGUCAUUUCCGCCAGACCGUCUCCCGCAUCCUCUCCUACGAGGCACUGCCCAAAGGCAUUCAGGUCCCCGACGGCCCGGUGCCCGGCCCGCAGCCCAACGGCUCGACGAAGGGUCGCUUCGUCGACGUCGGCGUGUACCCGAUGGGCAUCGACGUGAACCAACUCGAGAAGCGGAAGAAGGACCCGGAGGUCGCGGAGUGGGUGAACGUGCUGCAGCAGCGGUACGCGGGGAUGAAGAUGAUUGUGGGGCGCGAUAAGUUGGAUGGGAUUCAGGGUGUCAGACAGAAGAUCCAGGCGUUCGACAUGUUCUUGGAGCGCAAUCCGGAGUGGCAGGGGAAGGUGGUCCUCAUUCAGGUUGCAUUGCAGACGACGGAAGCGAACGAGGUCGGCGGGGGCGUCAGCGAUCUGGUAGCGCAUGUGAACUCGAAAUUCUCGACGCUCACUUAUCAGCCUAUAGUCUUCCUCCACACCCAGGAUCUUACCUUCUCGCAGUACCUCGCCCUUUUGACAGUCGCUGAUGUCUUCCUCGUGACCAGUCUUCGCGAGGGCAUGGCCCUCCGUGCCCACGAGUUCGUCGAAUGUCAAGAGGGUCGCCAUCGCCCUCUCGUCCUCAGCGAGUUUACCGGCAGCUACAGCUACAGCGGCUUCCGCUCCUGCAUCGCCAUCAACCCCUGGGACGCCCGCGGCACCUCCUCCGCACUGGCCCAGGCGCUCACCAUGUCCGACGAUGAGGCCCUCUCCCGCUGGGAGGACCUGCACAACCACGUCAUCACGCAGACCGCGCAGGCCUUCGUUACCUCGUUCCUCUCGCGCUGCGUGCGUGCGCAUCUGGAGCACAUCCAGCCGGAUGUUGAGGACGUGACCGUGCUGGAUGCGCAUCGCGUAGUGCCGAGGUAUAAGCAUUCGUCGAAAAGGAUGCUGUUUAUUGAUUUGGAGGGAACGUUAUAUAAGAGGGAUGUGUCGAGGGAUGCGCUGUUGGACAAUCGGUUUGACCCUCCGGAGGCCGCGCUCGAAAUCUUGGAGAAGUUGGUCGCGGACAAGCGCAAUGAGGUCUGGCUCAUGAGCGGUCUGCCGCGGAGCGUGCUGCAGAGGAUUGCAGACAGGAUUCCGAGGUUGGGGAUUAUCGCUGAGAACGGGUGCUUCAUCAAGACGCUCGGCUCCGGCCCCAACAACACGGGCGAGUGGAUCAACAUGGUUGCUAACUUCAACUUGACGUGGAAGGCGUCGGCGCUGGAGAUCUUGAACUACUUCACCGAGCGCACGCCCGGCGCGGUCGUUGAGGAACGCGAGGCCUCGCUCGUCUGGCGCUUCUGGACCGACCCCUCGAAGCCGACCGACUCGCCCGACCGCCAGUGGGCGCGCUGGCAGGCGGCGGAGGCGCAGAACCAUAUCUUCGAUAGCCUUGGCGAGCGCUUUGGCCUGCGCAUCAUCCCGGGCGCGAACUCCUUCCUUGUCCUGCCGAACAACAUCUCGCGCUCGACCGCGGUCGGGGCGAUCAUGCACCCUGGCGGACCCGCGCACUCGCCCCUUGCGGGACGUGCCGCGUGGAUGAGGGAUGUGGAUGGUGCGCUGGAUCCGGGAGACCUCGAUUUUGCCCUCGUCAUCAGCGGCGACGAGAAGCUGCUGCGCCGUAUGAACGACUUCGAUCAGGCGGAGACGUGCUCGACGAGCGGGAAGGGCACGGAAGCGCGCUGGAAGCUCGACCCCGAGGAGGUGCUGAAUGUGCUUGGGGCGUUUGUGAAGGCAACAUAAGGGAAUCCGGGUCGGUGCUGCCGCAGAUAUGAGGGGUAGCUAUUGAGACGUGAUAGAGCGGAAAGUCGUUAAGACACGAAGUGGCGCCGGGGUGUCGCCGCGCUGUACAGUUUUUAGUAUCCUCCUAGAGUAGAAUUGCCUGUUGUAUUCAUUAGCACUGUAUUCGCUGUAUACAUGUAACUUGCUGUGCUUGCAACGUAGGGCUGGUGAGAUGAGGAG